CGCUGCUAUAAAAGCCCUGCCGCACGCUGGCGGUCGCACACUGUCGUCGUCUACACUGCAGCAGCAACAGCACCCGCCGCCGACUGUGGAUCCCUGAACUGUCGUCGCCAUGUGCAAGGGACUCGCCACGCUUCCUGCCACCUGCUUGAAGAGUGCCAAGGACAUCAAGCACAAAAUAAGCUUCUUGCUCCAGAAGCCCGAAGCCCCGGCGGCCGAUCAGAAGCAGACGAGAGAGAAGAGCGCCGCCGCCGCUGUGAAGAGGGUUCCCGCUGCGACCGAGGUGAAGAAAUGGAAACAGUCUUUCAGCCACGUCAUGAACAGUGACGCGGGUCGUUCGGUCUUCACCAGCUUCCUGAGGUCAGAGUUCAGCGAGGAGAACAUGGAUUUCUGGCUCGCCUGCGAGGACUACAAGAAGACGCCGUCGCCCGGGCUGGAGACCAGAGCCAAGCAGAUCUACCAGCAGUACGUCGAGGCGGACGCUGCCAAUGAGGUAAACCUGGACGCGGCGACCCGAGAGGAAACGAGGCAGAACGUGGAGAGCGCCCGCCCGUCCUGUUUCGACGAGGCCCAGAGGACGAUCUACACCUUGAUGGAGAAGGACUCGUACAGGCGCUUCCUCAACUCCAAGCUGUUCCAGGAUCUGGCUCGGAGCAAGGAGAUGAAAAAUUGUGACUGUGCCGAGAACAGGCAGGCGUUAACUGGCGGCGCCUAAACCGGGAAGGGAAGAAGGUGCCAAAGACCGCAAACGUAUGAGAGGGAAGAGACUGGGAAAAGAUCAGUUUGUUUUCAUGUGUGCGUGUGUUUAUAGUUUAGAAGAAGCAAGGUGAUGUAAAUAUUCAUGUAGGAUGACGUCAAGAUUUUAUUUUUAUUUUCAUAUUCUUUUCUCGCCAUCAAUUCCUGGACGUCUUGGGGGCAUUUAAGGUCUCGAAGUGGCCGUUGUGUUUGUGCAUUCACAAACUGCUGCCCUGUUUUUUUCUUUUCCCCAAAAUCACAAUGUUUGCGGCUGUGUGUAGUGACUGAUUCGUAUUUAAACAUACAAUAUAUAAAUACUGAUAAGUGUUAAAUGCUUUGCUUCUGGUUUCACCCCAAUGAAAACCCCACACAAACCUGCUUUCCAGGUCACAGCGAGGUCAUGUUGACGCUCACAACAGAAAAACCAUCCAAAGCUACCUCCACCCAACAAACACGCCUUCAUACAACCCUGACUCGUUCUGUUAUUAUCAUCUCUACGUGAGGUUGUUGCAUCUCUAAAAACCAUACGUCAAGAGCUCGCCUCCAAGUGAUGAAAUGUUUUCGUGACUUGCCUUACCCAUCAGUGUUAAAAUGUUGUAUUUAUGUCAUUCAAGGGUUUAUAUACUUUUUGCAAGUAGAUAUUUAUACAUUUAAAGAAUAAAAAAAAAAUGGUUAUAAUUAAACCAGAACAGCUGACGUGGACUGGUUUAUUCAUUCUAACUAACAUUUCAAUUGCCAUGUAGUGCUGUUAGCUUUGCAUGUGAACAAUGUUUAUUUUUCCUUCAUAUCGUCUCGGGCACUUUACCAUUUUACAAUUUAAUGGUAGUAUGCUGUUGGGCCUUUUACAGUUCUUCUCAGUUUCCCCACUCACGGCUUAUCUCACGUUCAUACAGCAGCUGGAGCUGUAGAUGAUACUGAUACUGUCCGUCUUGUCAUUAAGUCGUAUAAAAGAUCCGUCAUGCAACAACUGGCUGCGCUGUGCAAAUGUUGGCCUUGCCCACUCCCAUAGGGGGAAUUUGAAGCAUGCUUUAAUAUUGCAGUAAUCGAUCUUCUGUCUCAUGUCGUAUAGAUGUCAGAUGGGUUUUCAACAGCCCGCCCUGUCAGUCAGUCAGUCAGAUAUUUAUUACCGUAAUGUGUGCGGGGUUUAUGAAAAUAAGUCUGCUCAUUUUAAUUGCCCGCAUAUCGACGGCCUAGCAAACUAAAACGCUUACUGUGAUGGAUUGUAAACUAGAUGUUUAUUAAUUUAUGCCGUUGUUGUAUUUAUAUCAUAUCCACUGUGACUAUUCAUGAAUAAAAUCAAGUGUUGGCUAAUCUGAA